AUGGCAAACCAUCUUCAAGAUUCGUCAACUACUUCCCCUAAACCAAGUCUAAUCAGAGAAGAACAACAACUGACCGAAGAAAAGGUGAGCUUGCAAGCGCAGAGUCUCGUGAACACAAUGGCCUUCCCCAUGGUUCUCAAAGCCGCCUUGGAGCUUGGCGUCAUCGACACAAUCACAUCCGUAGAUGAAGGCGUGUGGCUCUCAUCUUCUGAGAUUGUGCUUCGUCUCCCAAUCAAACCCACCAACCCGGAGGCACCGGUUUUGUUGGACCGUAUGCUGAUUUUACUAGCUAGCCACUCGAUCUUGAAGUACCGUUUGCAUGAAACCGGAAAGACCGAGAGGGAAUAUGCAGCUGAACCGGUUUGCAAGUUUUUCUUGAACCGUGGAGACGGAUCGGGUUCUCUCGCGUCUCUAUUCUUGGUAAACCUAAGCGACGUCUAUUUCAAGACCUGGACAAAUCUCAAAGAUGUGAUAUUAGAAGGAAAGGAUGCAUUUGUCUCCGCUCAUGGCAUGAAACUUUUCGAUUACAUUGGUUCAAACAAAGAAUUCGGUGAGAUGUUUAGCAAGGCAAUGUCGGAAACUUCCACAUUUACCAUGAACAAGAUUUUACAAGUUUACAAAGGAUUCGAAGAUGUAAACAGUUUGGUAGAUGUUGGAGGAGGCAUUGGAACAAAUUUAGGUCUCGUGACUUCCAAGUAUCCUCAUAUUAAAGGCAUCAAUUUCGAUCUACCCUCUGUUGUAGCACAUGCUCCUCUUAAACCAGGAGUUGAGCAUGUUUCAGGAGAUAUGUUUGCAGAAAUUCCAAGAGGAGAUGCUAUCUUCAUGAAAUCGGUACUACAUGACUGGAAUGACGAAGACUGUGUAAAGAUUCUCAAGAAUUGUUGGAAAAGUCUUUCUGAAAAAGGAAAAGUGAUAUUAGUCGAGAUGAUCACGCCAAUGCAACCAAAGAUCAACGAUGCUUCUUCCAAAUUUGUGCUCGCCAAAGACAUGGUCAUGUUAACGCAAUGCUCAGGUGGUAAGGAGAAGUCUCUUUCCCAGUUCGAGACUUUAGCCCACGACUCUGGUUUUCAUCGUUGUGAAAUCAUUUGUCGUGUAAAUGCUUAUCAUGUUAUCGAAUUCCACAAAUAG